GAAAUUAGAUUUCCCUUACUCUCUGGCCCCUACGACCAGUGAUUCACCUUCAUCUCAUACCCAAAACUAAUCUAAAACCCAAAACUAAUCCCCUGCCUCCAUCCUCCAUUGCCGCCUCCACCAUUCUCCCUCUUGUCACCGACCACACUUCUCUAAUCCAUCUUAUCCUUUGUUCCUUUUCUGUGUCGCAAAUCCCUCCCUCCUUGUUUCCUCAACCGACUCCGGCAGGAGAUCCCAAGCUGACUCCUCGUUUCCAGGCCAACACCAGCGCAACAUGCAUCGUCGGAUUGGAUCGAGGAAGGGUCACCCUUCGCUGGUGGCGUCGCCAUUGGAGGCGAUUUGGCUUCUCUGUUAGCCUUGGAUUAGGGGUUAAGGAUCAAUUUCGAUGCCUCUUUCGCUACCUCUCCCAAUUCGGGAUUUUGAAUGAGGAGGGUGGAAAUUUUUGUGCUUUGGUGGGCAGCAGCAAGGGAUCUGGCCUUCGAGCUUGGCCGGCGGAGGAGGUCCCAGGUGUCAAAGGGAAGGCUAAGCGCGAGUUUCGGGGCAUUCGGAAGUCAUUUCGGUGAGCUGGAGCCAAAACACGGGCAGCCUAAGGCAUUACAUGGCCGUGUACUGCUGGCCGUGCUUUUUAUGCCGAGAGCAAAUUCAGUUUGGCCAAUUCAGCUGCAAACACAGGCACCGAAGCACGGCCGUGUUUAGUCAAAGCACGGCCGUGUACAUUGCGAAGCACGGCCGUGUUUAACCCACUUGCUGGCCGUGUAAUUAAGCCCUGGCCGAGGCACGGGCGGAGUCAGGCAAAGCACGGCCGUGCCCUCGACCGUGCUUUGGCCACUGAUGCUUUUAAGCAGAGUUUCAGCCACAAUUCAAGGGGGGAUUCGAGUUUUUGAGAGAGAGAUCAGUUCAUAGAGAGAGAAAGUGACGAGCAAGAGUUCCCAAGUGCCCUAGAUUGAUCUUCAACACCAUUGGAGGCCAGCUUGAGCUUGGAGAAGUGCCGAUCAACAUCCAGGAGCCGGAAUCCAUCCUUCGCAGUAUGAAUUCCGUGUCUGUUUCUGCUUUUGCUUUCUUCUCCAUGGAGUAGUUCUCCCAUUCAUCUGGGUAUGGAGAACCCUAGAUUUGUAUGUUAGGCUUUGAUUGUAUGAACCCAAGUAUUGAUUCUAUGAUUGAUUAUAUUCGAUUGAGGUUUUAAUGAUUGAAUGACUUGAAUCCUGAUCAAAUUCCUGUUGUUUCUGCUUUAACCUAGAAUGAGAAUAUUUGCCUAGGUUAAUAGAGUAUCCUUGAUUGA